AUGGAAUCAAAUCCUAAAAAUACCACCAAGGUCCUCCUUAGCUAUGGCGGUAAACUUCUCCCCCGCUGCCCCGACAUCAAACUCCGCUACACCGGCGGCCACACCAGAGUCCUCACGCUCUUUCUCCCCAUUUCUUUCUCAAAAUUGAUGGUGAAGUUUGUAGAAUUAUGUGGUUCAUCAGUUACAUUGAGGUGUCCUUUACCGAACGGGAAUUUAGAGACGUUGAUUUCAAUCACUAGCGACGAAGAUCUGGCAAAUGUAAUCAAAGAAUACGAUCGGGCUUCUUCAUCAUUACAUCAUCCAUUAAAGAUCAGAGCUGUUCUUUCACCUCCCAAAUCCCUGAAGAAAGUAUCUACUCCAUAA